AUGGCCUCAACGGACGCACUGCAUAUCGAGCGCACGGCCGAUCACAACCAUGAUCAUGCGAUGGCUUAUCGGGAAGGGGUCAACCUUGAAUCUGCGACGUGUCGACCACGAAUUUCUCGGACUGGAAGCGCUGGCAAAGCUCUGACCGACGCUGGAGAGGACGUUCAGAAAGAUCUUACACUAAGCCGCAAGGAUUCCAAAGGCUCGCCGUCCAUGCAGGUUACCGUUGAAGAGUGCGAGACGGAUCAUUCUAAAUCCGAAGAAGCCGGAGAUGCAGAACGAGCCCACGAGAGCGACGAAUCGAACGCAAGGACUUGCAGCGGGAGCAUUCAUUCCAACGGACUCCAAGUCAUUCCUGAUGGCAAAGCUAGAGUGCGGGCGUACUCUUCCUCCAUGGCGAGAUUGGCAGAGGAUUCCCUGAAGGGCUUGAACAUCGCAAAGGAGUCGUCAGAUGCCCGAUCUGCGCUGGCACUGCGGAAUGGUCUGGCAGACCCAAUGUUGCCUGUCAAGAGCGUCUGGAGUCCAGAGAGCGAGCCAGAUAGCUAUGGAUUCGAGAUGCAGGCCAAAUAUUAUGCGGACGAGCUCUGA